AUGUUGAUUUCGAAUUGGAGCGUGAGUGGCAAAGCUGCUGCCGCUACAGCAGCAGAAAAUAGUGGCAGUAACGAGGCCGCCUCACCGCGUUGGGAACCACAAAUCGCGGUGCUCUGCGAAGCCGGCCAAGUAUUUCAGCCGCAAUAUCUUUCCGAAGAGGGACGCUGGGUAACGGAUUUAAACAAGAAGACAUCGGGCGCCACGUGCCUGCGCGACAAAAUGGAUUUACUGGACUACUGCAAAAAGGCCUAUCCGAAUCGUGACAUCACCAAUAUCGUUGAAUCUUCGCAUUACCAGAAAAUCGGUGGCUGGUGUCGUCAGGGCGCUUUAAAUUCGGCCAAAUGCAAAGGGGCACACCGCUGGAUCAAACCAUUCCGUUGCUUGGAAGGACCAUUCCAAUCGGAUGCGCUUCUCGUCCCCGAAGGUUGCCUCUUCGAUCACAUUCACAACGCUUCGCGCUGUUGGCCAUUCGUGAGGUGGAAUCAAACUGGCGCCGCCGCUUGCCAGGAACGCGGCAUGCAGAUGCGUAGCUUUGCCAUGUUGUUGCCGUGCGGCAUUUCGUUGUUCUCGGGAGUGGAAUUUGUUUGCUGUCCGAAACAUUUUAAAACUGAUGAGAUUCGCGUCAAGAAGACCGACCUACCUGUUAUCGCCCCAGCUGAGAUUACCAACAGCAACGUGGAUGUGACCAACGAUGAUGACAAUGACUCCAACUAUUCCAAGGAUGCUGGUGCUGAUGAUGAUCUGGACGAUGAUGAUGACCUAAUGGGCGAUGAUGAAGAGGACGAGAUGGUCGCUGAUGAAGCAGCUGCUGGUGAGGCGAACAGUUCCAAUGCCGAAGAUUUGAAUGGUGAAUAUGAUUCAAGCGAGGAUUUGGAUAACUAUGAGGAGGACGGUGGUGGUGCAGCUGACGAGCAGUCGGACAAUUGGGAAUUGCAGAAUGGUAGCUCAAGCGGCGCGAAACCCAUAGCGGUGAAGUCCAACGCAGAUGAAGCGGGUGGCGCAAAGGGCAAAUUGGGUGUCGAAUCGGUGGUUAAGGGAGCUGCUGGCAUGAUGGCUGAUGGGCCAGCCGCAUUGGCAACACAACAACAAUUACCCGCAGCACCAUCGACCAGCCAGCCCACCGUCGACCCAUACUUCACCCACUUCGAUCCGCACUAUGAACAUCAGAGCUACAAAGAAGCCCAACAGCGCCUCGAGGAAUCGCAUCGCGAGAAGGUCACACGUGUCAUGAAGGACUGGUCCGAUUUGGAGGAGAAAUACCAAGAUAUGCGCUUGGCCGAUCCAAAAGCCGCACAGAGCUUCAAGCAGCGCAUGACAGCACGCUUCCAGACUUCUGUUCAGGCACUCGAAGAGGAAGGCAACGCCGAGAAGCAUCAGCUGGCCGCUAUGCAUCAGCAGCGCGUUUUGGCACACAUCAAUCAGCGUAAACGUGAAGCGAUGACCUGCUACACACAAGCGCUCACCGAGCAACCACCAAAUGCUCAUCAUGUAGAGAAGUGUUUGCAGAAAUUACUGCGCGCUUUGCAUAAGGAUCGCGCACAUGCUUUGGCGCACUAUCGUCACCUUUUGAACUCCGGCGGCCCAGGUGGCUUGGAAGCUGCUGCCUCGGAACGUCCACGCACUUUGGAGCGCCUCAUCGAUAUUGAUCGGGCUGUCAAUCAGUCGAUGACCAUGUUGAAACGCUACCCCGAACUGUCUGCCAAGAUUUCACAGCUAAUGAAUGAUUAUAUUUUGGCAUUGCGCAGUAAGGACGACAUACCCGGCUCAUCGUUGGGCAUGAGUGAGGAAGCGGAGGCAGCCAUUUUGGAUAAGUAUCGCGUUGAGAUCGAACGUAAGGUGGCGGAAAAGGAGCGCUUGCGUUUAGCCGAGAAACAGCGUAAGGAGCAGCGUGCCGCCGAGCGUGAGAAAUUGCGUGAGGAGAAGCUGCGCAUGGAGGCUAAGAAAGUGGAUGAACUGCUGAAGUCACAAACCGAACAAGAUAGCGGCGCCAGUGGCGCUGGCUCUUCUGCCUCGUCGUCUUCUUCCUCUUCUGCAGCUUUGGGAGAGUCAAAAGUGAACAGCAAAGAGUUGGGGCAACUUGUAGAUCCCACAAAAUUGGCGCAGAGCGAAAAGGACAGCACUGGCGGUGAAGAGUACGCCGAUGUCACUGUCAGCACCAAAACCCAAACCGUCCUGCCCACAGUCGAUGAUGAUGCCGUACAGCGAGCUGUUGAGGAUGUAGCAGCUGCUGUCGCUCACCAAGAGGCCGAGCCACAGGUGCAACACUUUAUGUCGCACGAUUUGGGCCAUCGCGAAUCGAGCUUCUCGCUGCGCCGCGAAUUCGCACACACGCAUGCGAACAAGGAGGGACGCAAUGUCUACUUCACUUUGUCUUUUGCUGGCGUUGCAUUGUUAGCGGCCAUCUUUGUUGGCGUUGCUGUGGCCAAGUGGAGAACAUCUCGCUCGCCACAUGCGCAAGGCUUCAUUGAGGUUGAUCAGAACGCCAGCACACAUCACCCCGUUGUACCGGAGGAAAAAAUCGUGGCGAAUAUGCAAAUCAAUGGCUAUGAAAAUCCAACAUACAAAUAUUUCGAGGUGAAGGAGUAAAAGAACCAAAUAACAGAAAAAUUUAAUAAUAAAAUAAAUUUGCAAAUAUUGUAAACGCACUCAGAAACUCAGAAAUCCCACUAAAGGAAAAGUAAGCCCCGCCCUUCCCCUAAAAAUAAAUAAAUUAAAUCCCCUAUAAGAAGCCUGCUUUAUCAUACCACUUAUACAUGAAAAAAUAACAAAAAACCAAAAUUCAAAUUGAAUCAUACUAAAACAAAAAUAAAAACAACAACCACAAGCCCGUAAAUUAUACAAACCAUAUUUUCCACAAAAAUACAUAAAAAUAAGUAUAAGACAAUUUAAAAAUAAAUAAAUUUAAAGAAAAUCGGAGCGCAGUUCCAACAUUGUAGACAACAGACAGCAACAAAGGAAGUACUAAUAACUGUAAAAAGAAAAUAGUAAAAGAAAAAGCGAUGAAAAAGAAAGGGGCCAAUAAAAAGGAUAACUAAAACUUUAAAAAGCGCAAAUAAGUUCGGUCAAAGUUUUGAAAGAGAGAAGUGAAAAACUAAUAUUUAAUAUUUGAAAGUAAAAACGAGCUCAAUAAUCCAGCGAUUUCAGCUCGAAAAUUAUACUCAAAGACCCAAACACUCACUCAACCACUCACACAUACAUACAUAUAUAUGCAACCACAUUCACUCACAAACUCACUCAAUGGAAGAUACUAAAAAUAAUUCAGAAUUCUUUCAUAAUCUACAUUUGAAGAAAAAAGUAUGUUGUUCUUGUUUAGAAAGUAUUAAUUAAAAAUUAUGUGUAAUGGUAAUGAGUAACAAAAAAAAACAUGAAUUAAAAUUUAAGUAAGAAAAUCAAGAAAAAGCAAAUUAAUUUUAAGCAAAAGUGGAAUACAAAAUUUGCAAAUAGAAAAAAGGCAAAUGAAGACGUGCGAAAAUUUUAUUUAAGUAAAUUGAUAAAUAACUAUUAAUGUUGCGCAAAAAUCAACAACAACCAUAAAAUCUAAAAGAAAAAUAAAACAGAUACAAGUUUUCUAAUUAUUGAGCGAAAAUUUCCUAAGCAUAAGAAACGCGUUUGCGUGGCUGACAGGUGUUGAGGUGAAUAUAAAAUAAUUUAAAAUGGCAUCUGUUUCUAGGCGCGCCAAAGAAACCAAAGUAAGAGAGAGCAAAGCAUGUAAAGCAUGUAAAUGAAAGCAAAGGAGAGCAAAUAGGCAAAAUGCUUAAGACAACCAAAGACCAUUGCGAGCGAAAUAAUCAGAAUAAUUAUACAGAGAUGCUCAAAAACAUUGCCAAUAGAGCUGAUUUAGAGAAAAUGCACAAAUGAUCAACUUAUCGAAAGAGAUUUACAAAAAAAAUUAAAGAACAGCAACAGCUGAGUAUAAGCAUUUUUAAAUGAGAGAGCAGAACGGUACUGCGGAAAGAAUUUGGAGGAUGUGCAAGCUGUAAUUUGUAAAAUUGUUUAGAAAACUGCUUCUAGAAAGCUCACAUGCUUAAGUAAAACCACGAUUCCAAUGGGGUUUCAGUAAUUUUAAUUGCGGAGGCAAAUGUCGAACUUGGAAACUGCCAACAUCUAAGUGAGAAACGCGCUUAGUAGUGGCGCUAUAGAGACGGCUCAUACUGAACAACAGCUUUCUUCACAUUUGUGUGUACUUAAAAUGCGAUUAAAACGCGCAAAGGCUCUGCGCAGUUAAAAUGGCGGUCUCUCUUUAGCCACGCAAAUGGAAAUUUUCUCACAUGCACCCACGUACACAUACACUCACACAAAUACAUUCGCAAAUGGAGAAAACAAAUUGUAUUUUAAAUAAAAAUCAAUAAAUUAAAUUAAGUAAGUGAAAUUUUUUGUGAAUGUGUAAAAAUCAAUUUAUGAAACAUCAAAAAUAGAGAAUGCAAAAACUUAAAGAGCUCACCACGCCUAUAAAGAAACAAACUUUUACUUACUCUACUCUUAACAAAAUCGCCUGCUUUUCAUUAAUAAUCCCCCAUUAACGCUAUAAACAAAAGGUUAGCAUUAGCUGGUUAACAAUUCGAUAUAUAUGUAUAUAUACAUAUACAUACUUAUAUUCAUUGGGAACAAAAACUAAAAGAGAGAAGAGAGUAAAGUAAAUAAAGCACAUAUGUAUACAGACAUAACUAUAUAAACGCCUGCUGCUAUUCUUAUACUCAAAACUCACAGACGGAAAGAGAGAAGAGGCACAUACACAUACUUACACACAUAAAUCCGUAAAUCAUACUGAUGUACAAAAAUGAAAACACACACACUCGCGCGUGCUUGACAGGUGAAAUAAUUCCGUGUAAGCUUAGAAAAGCUUUCACAUGCAAAUGAGAAAUGUAGUGAAAAGCGGAUGUAGCAACUUUGAGUAGAGCUUUGCUGUGCUUUGAAGAGAAAAACGUCGCUUUCAGACCAGGCAAAUCAAUAAAAUUGUGUCGGUGUAAGAUUAGUGGAAAGUUCGCUAGAGACAAUAAAUCAUAGUGAGAGCUGAGUUUGCUGUUUUACAGUAACGCAAGCCGCAUUGCACGUUGAGCUCAAAUAUCGAAAAGCUUUACGUUUCUUGGGUUUCUAACAUGUGAGAAAAACUUACUUAGCGAACGAGGGCAUGAGCGGCAGCUCAGCAAGCACAAGAAAGCUCUUUAAACUCAAACUCAAAGCUAAUUUUGCACGUUUUUGAGACCAACGAAAGAAAGCGUUAAUGACUGAGCUGUCGAAAGCUAAUUACAGUGGCCAUGCUUUGAUAAAGCUUACACGUGGCGCUCACUACAAGCCAGUGUAGAAAGUUAAGAAAAAAUGCGCAAAAGCGCAGCUACGCAACAUGCAAUACAUACUUACAAGUACUUGGAAAAAACAAUUAAUUUCCUAUUCGUAAAAAAUCGUUCAUAUCAAUUUUCAUAUUUAUAUUUAUUAUUAAGCAAUAGUUUUUAGCAUUUAGUAUAUUUAAUUUAGUGUUUUAAUUAUAUAAUUUAAUUACUUGACAAAUACAAUUUUGAACAUUUGUGCAAAUUGAAUCAGACACAAAAAUCAACACUCGAAACAAAAGGAGUGGAAAUGUAAUGAGCGGAAAAGAAUAGCAACAAAAGUAGUUUUACUAAGUGUUUCAAUUUGCUUACGUGCAUACUUACAUAUAUAAAUAUAUAUAUAUAUAUAUUUAUUGAAUUACAUAAACACAUACAUACACACAUGUGUUGUAUGUUGUUUACUUAUGCACUUGGCUUUAGUUGCUGCUAAACAAUACAGUUACUUAGAUGAUGUGCAGUAUUUGUUAUUCGAUAAGUUAAUUUUUUUCUAUUAACGUAUUUAUAUGUCAAUGUAUGUAAAACUAACAAAAACGAAAAAUUGCCAAGCUGAGUUGAAGGAGUUUGCAUACAAAUAUGAACAAAACACACUUGAUUACCCGCGGAAGGGCAGUUUGUGGUACGAACGAUAAUAUUCAGGAAAUUUUUAAAAUUCAAACAAAAGAACUUCGCUACACUUUUCCAGAAUUGAGAUAAAAAUUUAGAAAAUUAAAAAUUAACUGGUUGAGAAUUACAACUGCACUAUAUAUUAAGCGGUCACAUGUUUCUCGUACUCUGCCUCCCUCCCUCUCGCUCUCUCGCGCGCGCGCACUCAAACUCAGGGUCACUAGCAAGUUUGAAAGCUGAGACGAAAAACAUAUAUACAUACAUAUAUAUAGGAUCCUCCAACUUCUAGUUGGAGCAUAGGGCGUGGACAACUCCUCUUCGAAGUCGAGGUUGGGCAAGAGCUCUAUGUUCAUUCCAAGCCUUUUUGAACGACCUCAUCUCAGCCUCCGUUGAACGGCAUCAGGUGGUUUCUGGGCUGGCUACAUUUCGUACUGUCUGUUGAAAGGUGUUCCAUCGCAGCGUCUGUUUGGCGAUUUUUUUGUCACUCUUCCUCAGGCUGUAGCUGAUCCAUUGCCAUUUCCUUCUGCGUAUUUCAGUCGCCACAUCGAAUUGGUUAGCAUUCCUCAGUAAUUCGGUAUUAGAAAUAGUUUGAGGCCAGAAAAUUCGUAUUAUACAGCGUAAGCAGCGAUUAAUGAACGCCUUGUGAUCAUUCCGGCGACCUUCCACGUCGUACAGCCGCAUAGCAGGACGGACAUGAAAAUUCGCAAGAAUCUUUAGCGCUAACAAAAACCUUUUGUACAAAGCUCAAUAUUCCCUUCCGGACAUGAUUAUUUUCUCCGCUUUCUAAGCUGCCAAUAAAAUUGGCAACAAGAUUAUAGAACUUGGCGGAUACCGUAAACGAAUCGUUAAAGUCCUGACUCGAUUCUCACUCUUGACAGGAAACACCAAAUAGCGGUGCCGGUUCCCCUCGGCAGGCAAUGGCAAGCUUCCGAGUAUGUUACAGCCAUGAAAGAUUUUCAUACAAACCAUUCAACCACUCGGAGGCGGCAUAAAGCUGGGAAUGUCUUCAUUUGUGAAGCAGCCACAUCAAGGCGCACGCCACAAAGCGGCCAAAUACCCAAUAAAAGAUCUAAACAUACAAAGACCUCCAUAUUUAAUUUUUAGGAUUAUUAUUACUUAUUUUUGCUCUUUAAAAAAAAUAUAAUUUUUCUACUUUUUUCUUCUGGAAAAAUAAGAGUCUGCCAGUUUUUUACUAAAAACGGUUGUGGCACUGACAUAAACAAAUUUUCUGGAGAUUACGGCUGCGAUAAAAGAGUAGAGUCCACAGUCCUAGUUUCCUUCGACAAUCGAUUCUACAUUACCCGCACGAAAUGGAUUUAAAUCCGGCCCAAGAUUAUCAUCUCCUCAAGCCGCUUCUUUCGAUUUUUCAGCAAUAUUAGUCUAAAGAGACUGUCAAAAUUUAAAAUACAAUAUAAUCGCAUGCAUUUCAUUUUUUUCUAUUCAUGCUGUGAGAUCCGUACAAAAAACCUUAUUUUUUUCGACUAUUUUCCUGCAAAAUCCGUCUUGAGCGAACUUCACUAUUAUCCCUACUUCCUAAAAUAACCCAGAUAUAAAUACUUGGCAAUGAAUGCGAAAGAAAGCUCGAACUUUGGAUAGACGCGCUCUCAAUUUUUCGCGCCCCAACCACAUAAGGAAGCAUUCGUUCGUUCAUUCGAAUUGCCACAAUUCUCAACCGUUUUUAUGCUGUUUUCUUCUAUAAGUGGAGUGCCACUUGAAAUAAUUGAAUAUCUGACGAAAUAAAAUUCGUUAGCAAAAUUUGUCUAAAAAAUGUUCACCUCUAAAAACAAGCAAACAGAAACACACAGGCAGACACACAAAAAGACUCACCAAAGAAGAAAACAAAACCAAAAAUUAUCAAACAAAUAAACCUAAACACAUAUUGCGUAUAAAUUAUUUAUAAACAACUAUACCUACAAAAACAACUACAAAUUCUUAACAAACGCAAAUUUAAAAGCAACUCUAAGCAAAAGUUUGCUAAAUAGAGUAAGGAAAAAAUGCUAAGCAAACCAAAAACCUAGUCAAAGCUUAAAUAUUUUUAUGUUUAUUUAUUAUAGAGUAAACAAAACACAUACAUGCAUAUAUAUAUCUAUAUAUAUAUAUAUGAAAUACAUAUAUGAAAAAUAGAAAUAAAAGUAAACAAAUCAAUAAUAACAACAACAACCGCAACAAUUGAUAUUUACACUUACAAUUAGCGAAGAUAAAAGCGUAAAAAUAAAUUUUAAAAAUUUAUAAAAAAAUAAGCAUACAACCAGAUGGAGAAAAUGGAGAAAUUGUAAGCAAAAACCCCGUCCUGCGUUAAUUAAAAAAAAUAAAAAAUAAAUAACAACUACAUAUAAAAAAAGCAAAUAAAGUUAAAGUAAAAUAUUAAAUGCAAAUAAAUGAGAAAGACACAAAUCAAACAAAUACCAAAACAAAACAAAAAUAUCAGCAAGUAAAUUUACAAAGCAUGAAAUGUUGCGAAAGACAAACAAAAAAAAAAAACAAAAAUUAAGAUGUAUUUAAAAAUAAAAUAAAAAACUCGCAACUUUUCUCGACGUCACUCUCCCCCUAAAACCACUUUGAUUUGUAAUAAAUGCUAAAAUUAUAUAUAAAAAAUACUUCAUUUAAUAUUUUCGCAUAGAAAAUAAAAAAAACCUCUACCACUACUCAUUUAUUUUUAUUUUUUGUAAGAUUUUUUGUUUUUCAUUUAAUUAAUGCGCAUAAAAACCAUUAAUAGCAGCAAAAAACGCAUUCAUUAUAUACUGAAUUAUUGUAUUAUUGCAUUAAGAAAUAAGGAACAAAAAAUUAUAAAUAAAUUAAAUUACAAAAAAACCAAAAAAAGAAAAAAAAAACAAAUAUUAUAUAUAUGUGAAUGUACUCAAUGACAAUUGUAAUUGCAACAAUAAUUGUACGCUAAUAUUAUUAUAUUAAAAAAGCAAACAAAAACAAAACCACAGUAACACAACAACAAUACUAACAACAAUAGAUAAUACCCAGCACCCAAGAAAAAUAAAUACAGGAAAAAACAGGAAACGCCACAAACACUUUAUUUGUAGUCAACUGGCAACACUUUUUUGCUAAGACUUCGGUAAGAAAAUAUUAAACAAUACACAAACAAAAAGCAAAAAACAAAAACAAUUACCAAACACACAGGCAACACUGUAGGGGUGGUUAGCCGGUCAUGCCGUUGCCAAAUGCAACGCUGUAAGCUACACGACACACAACCCCAGCUGGCGAAAAUGUCAAGGACUCCUACAGAUGCAAAUGCAUUUGAAAAUACAUUGAAAAAAAUGUGUUUUUUUUUUCAUCUAUGAAAGUCCAUAUUUUCGAGUAUAGAAAGCUCCACUUACGAAUUGCCGUCAGACUUUAGCAAAACCAAAACCGCAAUCAAUACACAUUAACUUUGUACUUGUGCAUGUAUUUUUGUGUAGCAAUGCCAGAUGAUUGUAACUGUAAAAUUUUUCAACCUCCCCUCAAAGAAAAAUAGUAAGAAACUCAAACGCAAAUUUGUAAUUUAAAAUAAAAACAAAUAGCAAAUACUAUAAGUUGAUGUUUCGCGUAUUAAAAAAAUUGUCAUCGAACAGAGCGCGCCACAUACAUUCAAAAGCAAAUAAAAUAAUGAGAAAAGGAAAACAAAGUAUUUAAAUGAGAAAUCUGUAAGUGGUAAAAUGUCAGUGGCAAAAUGUAUGAAAAUAUGGUAAUUUAAAUUCAGUGUAAACAAUAAUAAAAACAAAAUAGCGAAAACAACAUGAAAACCAAUACUUACACACACACCUACAGGUACAUACACACACUCCCACACAGAAUCAGUAUAAGCAAAAGAAGCACAGUAGUGCUGCAGAGGAGAGCAACAACAAAAGUAAACCAAAAAAAAGUAAAACAAAGUAACAUACAACAAAUUUUUUCUUUCGAAUUUUUUGUGUUCUUUUUUCGAAAUAUUUUGCAUAAAUAAUAAAAUAAAAACAAAAAACAA